AAAAAUUCUUCCUGUUUUGACCAUUUUUACGGGAUAAUUACCAUUCAAACAAAAAUAACUUUUUAUUGAGAGGUCAGGUUCAGUAUAACGUCCAAACAUGGGCAAAUAAUUUUGUUAUUGGUCAGCUGUCCUAUCUCCUAUCCCUCUCUUUCUCUACCCUAUUAUUAUUAACUUGAAGAGUACUUCCAACAAUCAAUCUCCAUGCAAAUGUGGGAGUAAAGUCAUCUUCAUAGAAACAGAAUUUAAGAGAGAGAAAAGAAAAGAAAAGAAAAGAAAAAAAAUAGCAGGUUUAUAUAACAUAAAUACAAGAAUCAUAUAAAAAAAAAAAAAAAAAACAUGUUCAAGAAUCAACUUCAGGAAUUAGCACAAAGAAGCUGCUUCAAUCUACCAUCUUAUUCUUGUAGAAGAGAAGGACCAGAUCAUGCUCCUAGAUUUAAAGCUUCAGUUAAUUUUAAUGGAGAAGUAUUUGAAAGUCCAGGUUAUUCACCUACUUUAAGACAAGCUGAACAUGCUGCUGCUGAAGUUGCCCUUAAUCUACUCUCUUCCAGAGGGUCCAAGUCCCUUACUGCUAGAGUUCUUGAUGAGACAGGAGUGUACAAGAACCUUCUGCAAGAAACAGCUCACAAAGCAGGACUUAAUCUGCCUGUUUAUACAACUAUAAGAACAGGACCAGGGCAUGUUCCUGUUUUCACUUGUACUGUUGAGCUUGCUGGUAUGAGUUUUACUGGUGAAUCAGCUAAAACUAAGAAGCAAGCUGAGAAAAAUGCUGCUAUUUCUGCUUGGUCUUCCUUAAAAACAAUGCCAAGUUUGUUUUCAAAGAUAGAAACAGCAGAGAAUAACAAUCUUGGAGGAGAGCAAGAUCAAGUGAUUGUUGCUAGGGUUUUAUCAAGUUUCAAAUCUCAGAAAACAGGAAAACAUAGGGAUUAUAAUCAUAAUCAUAAUCGUAAUCAUCAUAGAAGAUCAUCAAGAAAUGCAAGAACUUGGAGAUCAGAUGAUACACACAAAUAUUUUACAACUUUACCCUUGAAAAAUCCUUCAGAAAUUUCAACUUCACAGCAGAAAAGCACUAGUUUUGUUGAUCUUUUACCCCCACCACCUCCAAGAACAAUGUCAAAGAUCCUGCCUUUAACUUUAAAGACUAGCAGUACAAACUUGAACCUCAACGAAGGUCAUCUUGUAAAAUCAACAAUUUCCACCUCUCAACAACAAGGCGAAACCCAAUUCAAGAACUUGUUUUUGGGAUCGUCAUUAAGCUGUGCUCAAAUGGGUAUUAUGGGUAAUUACAGCAGUAAUCUUAGAGGGAUUGCGCCUGCGGUUCAAAUUAGAUCAGUAAUCCCAGUUUGUGCAGCUCCUCCUGCUAAACCUUUGGUAAAAGAAGAUGAAUCUGAAUCUUCUUCUGCUGCUGUAAUUUUGCCUCCUGAAUCUUCUGAACAGCUUUCUGCUACCAGUCUCAGUUCUAAAGUAAGCAAGUUACAGCUCAAAGAAGAGUGAGUAAUUAGGUAGUUUAAUUUAAUUGUAGUAACUAGUUAAAAGUAGUAUUAGAAAUAAGUAAGUAACCUUUCUUCUAGUAGUAGUAUCAGUAUGUUACAAUGUUACAUUGACUAGGCUCAAAUAGUACGUGUCUACGUGGUAUUAACUAUUUAACACAGGCACAUGUCUAAGUAUCGCACUUGGUCAUUUUCGGAACAUGACAUGCUUUAUUGCAAAAUCAAGCAUCUGAGUGUCAAUAUCUAUGUCGGAGUGCCAUUGAAGGGUCGUUGCAAAAUUUGUUAGUCACGGUAAAAAAUUUGUAUAACGGUACUAGUAGUGAAAUAUGUACGAGUACUAUUGAAGAGUCGAUGUAACAUAGUAAUCCUUUCUAGUAAACUUUUGCGAAAUGGUACUACAAUACUAGUAAAGGCAUACUUUUGUCUUAUUUAAUUGUUUAUUUUUAUGAAU